AUGCCGCGCUCAUCAAUUUCCCAACUGUCAAAGAGGCUGGAGCGUCUGGAAGAGCUACCCGCAGCUCAAGCUCGUAACGGACUGCCGCAUCCGCCGCAUCCCGAUUCCGACCCAGAAAGAGACGUUUCUGGAGGAGCUCAUAAUGUCUUUCCCCUGACUACCAACGGAUCAACCACUCCUAUUGCCACCAUCACUCCCCGGCCGCCCGCUCAACUCUCAGCGACAAACGCCGUACAAUCUGCUUCACCAUUGUCUCGCAACGAAGCCGAUGGCGAUGCCAUGUACGGUCCUUCAUCCAACAGCUCAUUUCUACGACUGGUGACCGAAGCUGCGGGCCCCAGAAGCUCAAACACAAAGAGUCCAGAGGAGCUGGCUGGCCAGGAUGCAGGAGAAGUCGCCCCUACAGUACUUGGGUUCGCGAUAACAACGCAGCCAAAGAGUCCUGAUAUCCUACCGGACCCUGUAAUGCUUCCCGAGAGGUGGCUCGCCGAUAAUCUCUUCCGCUGCUUUUGGGAUUUUGUCCACCCCGUGUUUCCCAUACUCCACCGGCCGUCGUUCACCGCGUCGUACGAAGCGGUUUGGCAGCCAUCUCAAGGCCGACCUCCCAAUCGAGACUACAAGGACACUGUUUUCCAUGCCACCUUGAGCAUCGUGCUGGCUCUUGGGUGUCAGCGGACAGAUCAGGUCUCGGUAACGGAGCAAGUUCGCCUAGCCAAUAGGUUCUAUAAGCAGUCUUUUAAGCUCGUACUCACGGCAACCACCUUUGGGAGACCUGUCCUUGUGUCUCGGCAGUACUUCGUCCCUCCGCCGGAACCUAUCGACGAUGAGUAUUUGUCUGAGAGUUCCGAAGGCCUACAACCGUCGGAUCGCCCUUCGUACCUGGCCUUCUUUGUACACUCCGUUGCGCUGUUUGAUGUGCUGAAUGAGAUACUAGCCAAAUUCUACACCGAAGGCGAAUCUGUCUCGGACAAGACACCCGAUUCACUCAGUCAUGUCCUGCAGCUCUCGUCAAAGCUCGACGAGUUGGGCCAUUCAAUCCCGCCCUACCUCAGAGAAGGCGCGGAUUUGACACGGCUAGACGAAGAGUUGCGAGGGUGUCUGCAGAUGCAGGCAAACAUCCUCAAGUCGAGAGUCUUAUGGAUUCGGCUUCUCCUCCUUCGUCCGCUCCUCUUGGCCGAAGCUAAGCACGGUAGUCGGCCCCAGAAAUCAUUCGCAACGGCCGCCACGCAUACACUUCGAGACAGUCUAGGACACUCGGCGAACUUACUCUGCGUUUCGACGGCUCACAGCGUACUACAGGAGCUUUACGAAAAGCUGGGCAGCGUCAGGCAGAACUCGGCCUGGCAUGUUCUACUCUUUACCUUUGCCGCAGCUUCCACUCUGGUAGUCGCGACCCUGUGCCCCGAUCUCCACGUCAGCUUCGAAACAGAGCCGACAAAAUCCUCGUGGGACAGAGCUUUGCGCAUCUUUGAUUUUCACAAGCAGCACGUCGCGUCUGCCAGCCGAGGCAUCGAAGUCUUGGAAAGAUUUCGCGCAUCUGUCAUGGCUGCCGCUUCGCAGCGAGACGCUCCCAGCGGGGCCCCCGCCACCAAUGCAGAAACAUACGAUGCGCGACUUGAGCAACCAAGCGAGCAGGACGUCUUGAUCCCGUUUGGCUCUGUGCCUGGUUUGAAUCAGACGACCCUGGCGCAGGAUUUUGGGGAUUUCACAGGCUCUGAUUUGCUCAAUGAAAGCUGGUUCAAUAUUCAGGGGAUAGAUCUAACCAACUGGGGAAUCUUUCAAUAA